GCUCUACUUUCUGUGGCUUUUCCCUUGGAGCAAUAUGCCAUUUGCUUAAUCAGAUCCGAUCGGAAAGAAACUGUGAAACAAACUCUAACGAACUUCUCUUGUUGUUGCAGACGCCGCGGGCACGCCACCGGACCCGGCCCCUCCCGAGGUCCCUAUCCGGGGGCCCUCCCACCACCACCCGCUCCUGGCGGCGUCGCGGCGGACGGGCAACCCGCCCCCGGCCUCCAACAGCACGGGCGUCGGAGGCCCGCCCUCGCCGCACUACCAGGACCACCUUCAGGACGACACGUACCAGCAGCCCAACUCGAACGUCUUAUUCUCUCAAGAGUACUUGAUGAGCGGAGGCAGCCCACGCUACGGCACGGGCACGGCAGCCAAGAGUCCGGGCGCAGGGGGGGCUGUGCUCUACGGCCCUAGUACUACACCGGACUACCUGUCUAUUAACAACUCCCAGCCCAGCAGGAUCCUGGGCACCCUCGGCUCUCAGAAGGGCUCCGUGGCGCCGGGAACCCUGCCGACCCUCCCCGCCGUCAGGAAUGACCUGCCUCUGGGCUCCGCCGGCUCCUUCUCCGGCCGGGGGCUCCACCUGGGCAAGACGUGGCGGGAGAGGUGCUCCUGGCGCUGCGCCGCCAUCGGACUCAUCCUCCUGUGCGCGACGCUGGCGGCGCUGCUGGCGUACUUCGCGGGACUGGUCAUCGAGGGUGCUAUGAGCAUCAAGAGAUUAGAAAUGGACGGGACUGGCCAUUCUUCAGGACUCAGAUCCUACGAGAGUGAAGGAUUAUAG